AUGGCAAACAAAGAUCCACUGAUGAUAACAGAUAAAGAUGAAAUGAGAAAGUGGUCAAGGUCUAUGAGAGCCCAAGGCAAGACAAUUGGGUUAGUCCCCACCAUGGGUUAUCUCCAUGAAGGCCAUCUUUCCUUAAUUCAAGAAUCCCACAAACAAACCCAACUCACUGUAGUAUCAAUUUAUGUAAAUCCAGGCCAAUUUUCUCCCACUGAGGAUCUCUCCACUUACCCUUCAGAUUUUCUUGGUGAUAUUCAGAAAUUAAAGUAUGUUCCUGGUGGUGUUGAUGUUGUUUUUAACCCCAAAAAUUUGUAUGAUUAUGGGAAUAAUGAUAGUGGGGUGGGGUUGGAUCAAGAAGGGGGUAAGGUAGUGUCUUGUGUGGAAAGAAGUGGAAUGGGGCAUGAAACUUGGGUCAGAGUUGAAAGAUUAGAAAAGGAUUUGUGUGGGAAAAGUAGGCCUGUUUUCUUUAGAGGUGUUGCCACUAUUGUCACAAAGUUGUUUAAUAUUGUUGAGCCUGAUGUUGCUGUUUUUGGGAAGAAGGAUUAUCAGCAAUGGAGGAUCAUCAAAAGAAUGGUGCGAGAUCUUGAUUUUGGCAUAAAAGUUAUAGGCACAGAGUUAGUACGAGAUGAUGAUGGCCUUGCAAAGAGUUCCCGUAAUGUCCGCCUCUCGCCCGAGGACAGACAAAAGGCAUUGUCUAUAAGUAAGUCACUGUUUAAAGCAAAAUUUGCAGCAGAGAAUGGUCAAAAUGAUUGCCAAGAGUUGAGGAAUGCUGUUAUCCAGGCCAUACAUGAAGCUGGUGGAAAGAUUGAUUAUGCUGAGAUUGUAGACCAAGAAAGUUUGGAAAAAUUGAGAGAGAUCAAGAGACCUGCUGUGUUUUGCGUUGCUGCAUGGUUUGGAAAUGUCAGGUUGAUCGACAACAUCGAAAUCAGUGUUUAG